GGAGGCCGCUGUGGCUCGUUCCUCCUCCUCCUCACUGAGCCACACAAUUACUGACUCGCUGUCGGCCUCGACGCUCGCUCGGAUAAGUUUCAGUGCAGUGCCUCCGUCUGGGAUUAACAUGGAUAUGAGUUUGAUAACUAUCAGCGGAGUAACUUGACAGUUGGCAUGUGUCUCCAGGACCCGAGUAGUAGUGACGUCCGGCCAGCCAUGGAUAAUUACAUUAACAAGAUGAACUGGAAAUACUGGAUAAUGGAGGUGGUGUUUCUGGCGCUGGCGGUGUGGACGUGCGCAGGCGCAGCGCGGCCGUGUCCAGAUGUGUGCCGGUGUAGCCUGGAUGGCCGCGGUCGCCGAGCAGUGAGGUGCGAGGCAGGUGGCAUGGCCGACCCCAUACCUGUCUUGAACAUGGCCGUGAACACGGAGGUGCUGGUGAUCACGGCGCCUCCUCACCAUCCCAACUCCCUCACUCUCGGCCCGAUCUUCAAGGAGCUGCGACGCCUAGAAGAAAUCCACAUCACCUGGGCCAGCAUUCCAGCUCUCGGGGCGCACUCUUUCUGGGGACUCCAGCGGCUUCACGUCCUCAACCUCACGCACAACCAGAUCGCAGCGCUCAUGGACACCAACUUCCGCGGCGCCGACGUGCUUCAGCACCUGGACCUCAGCCACAAUCUUAUCGAGUCCGUGCCCUCGGCGGUGUUCAGAUACGUGCGUCGCCUGCAGUCACUCACCCUGGCCCACAACGCCGUGCCGGAGCUGGUGCCCAGAAUCUUCUUUGGCCUCACUCGUCUGGAACGACUUGAUCUGAGUUUCAAUCCACUGGGAGAUCUUCACCCCGAGCAGUUCUCAGACGUUCCCGAGCUGCGACAUUUGGUGUGCGCUGGGUGUGGCCUCUCAUCUCUCAGCUCCUCACUACUCCAGGCCCUGCCAAACUUGCACACCUUCGAUCUUCACAAUAAUCGCAUGACGCAGGUGCCAUCCGGGCUGGCCACCACAUUCCUGCCCAAACUUAUCAAUCUCAAUUUAGACGCUAAUCUGAUCUCAUUUGUUGAGCACGGAGUAAUUGCAGGCUCAUCGCUCGGCUACUUGCACCUGGGGCACAACCGGAUUAGUCGCGUGGAGCCCGGGGCCUUCACUAACAGCUCACUCAAGUAUCUUGAUCUCUCUUACAACCGUCUCGUCAAUUUUGAUAACGAAGCUAUACGAGAUGCUCUGGGCGACCUCCAUGAACUUGAUCUCUCCGGAAACUCUUUGCACAUAGAGCAGCUGUUGUUUGUGCUUCCUGCAGCACGAGAACUGCAACGAUUAGGUCUGGGGGACAUGGGUCUCAUGCGUCUGCCACCUGGCCUGCUGCAGGAUUUGGGGAACCUGCAUCAUCUCAACAUCUCCUCCAACUACCUCUCUGCCUUUCCUACGGAUGCACUACUGAAUGCUCCUCAACUCCGUUCCCUUGAUCUUUCCCGCAACAGCUUCAGAGGACUCGAUGACAAAACGGUGUCAGCAAUAAGUGCCUCGAAACAACUGCGUAAAUUGCGACUGGAAGGAAACCCAUGGCACUGCGACCAGUGCCACGUGGGACCUCUGCUUCGCUGGCUCCAGGACGCUCCCGACCAGGAGUCUGGCUGUCAGGAACCGCGAGUGUGGACGUGUCUCAAGUGUGUCAGUCCUCCUGGCGUGGAGGGACUUGAACUGGCUCUACUGCCUCUGGGUGACCUUCCCUCGUGCCCGCAGGAGCUGCCAGCAGCCGCGCCCUCGUGGAACACACCAGUCCUCAGCGAGGGCACCAUCGAGCCAAUGUUACCGCGGAGCCAACUGACCAUUCAGGAAGACCACAGCAUAGACUGGUCCUUGACGAGGCUGCUGAGAGAGAAGCUGCACAUGGUAAUUGUAAUAGGCUGCUGCAUUGUGCUGCUCUUUCUGAUCCUGGUGAUAGUGGGCGUGGUCGCCUACAGCCGCCACUCCGCCUUCUACUACACCUGCGAGGGACAGUCGCUUCAUGCCAAAAAACUGAAAGCAAAAGAGAUGAAGAACAAGAAACCCGGCGUACAGAGCUCCAGCCGCCCAGACGUGACCAUCGCCACAAUAGACGAGUUGACAGACAUCGCCGGAUCCCAAGAGGUGAUCGAGGACAAAAUUCAUCACACACAAUAUUUUGGUUAGUUUUCAUAGCGUCGAGGCAGUGAUAAGAACGUACGCCAUUCUGCCGUUGCUUUACAAACUUGCAAAGUUUAUUCAAUGAAGUGGAAUGUUUAUGAUCCUCUCCAAAGAGGUCUUUAGUGCUGCAGUGAAGGACUGUCGACACAAAACGGCGGAGCACUCCACAUUCUCUAGAUAUUGCAAGAGUUGCAGCCAAGCAAACUAUGCCGAGGAGCAACGUAAGAAGCUGAGCGACUCAGGCUUCAUAUUCUCCAGGAAAAAUUUGCGUAUAAAUGCAUAUUUUUACGCGUGUUUGUGUAUGUGUAAAUGUAUGUUUUUGUGUGUAAGUUACUGUGAGAAAUUUAUUAAAUAUUAUCUCUAGUUCCAAUAAAGUGAACAAUAAUGAAAAAGAAUAAGAGAAAAUAUCUUGCCUUCCAUAAGAUAAAUCUUAGUCCGUAAAAUACGCUGAAGAGGCAACGCUGCUCUACAAAUCAAGUUAUCACUGACGAUCAAAAUGAAAAAAAAAAAAGUUCUUUUCCAAAGUUUUGACAUAUCAAAGCAUUGUUUAUGUGUGUGUUGGUAAAUGUUUGUGUGACUGAAAUUUUCCAGAACAAAAGUGUAAAAGAAAGAAGUCUAAUAUUAGUUUCAAUAAAUCCGCCCAUCUCUGGACUGUCUCGCACUCAUUCACUCACUCACUCACACAGGUGCGGCCGAGUGCACAGCGUUCGGGAGUCGCAGUCCACGGACCGUUCAAUUCCAGGAAGAGCUAGAAACAAAUGGACAGAAUUUCUUUCACUUGAUGCAUCUGUUCACCUAGAAGUAAAUAAGUAUCUGGGGUAGUAAGUCAGCUGUUGCCGUCUGUACAUCCAUGGGGAUGUAUUCGUGUGUGACAGAGACAUAUGGUAGAUAUGAGAGAAAAAAUAGGUCGGGAGCCAGUACAAUAGAUAACCAACGGUUAGAAAGGCGGGACCCAAGAGCAACAGCUGAACCCUGUAGGUACUAAAAGGUAAACACACACACUCACAAAUCAAACACACACACAUACACACAACUCGAGAGCGGUGAUCUGUGUGCGAGACAUAACUUUUUGGAACUUUCGGAAGGAAAUUUUUGAGUUGGAAAGGGGGAUGAAAAGAGAGGAGAGAGAGAGAGAGAGAGAGAGAGAGAGAGAGAGAGAGAGAGAGAGAGAGAGAGAGAGAGAGAGAGAGAGAGAGAGAGAGAGUAGAAUGGGAGAAAUAAUGAGAAAUAGGAGAGUGAAAGACAGAGAAUGAGAGAGAGAGAGAGGGAAACAGAGUUCCAACUCGAUUGGAACUAACUCUUUCGUUUUGGAGCACCCCGAGAAUGUGUUCGAGCAAUGCUUUGCUUCGCUCAGGCGUAUGUCCGCCUACACCUCACUUACUUUUCCCCCUCCACUCUUUGUUUCAGUUUUCCCACCGUGAAAAAAUGCCAUGCAGCCAACUUGGGACUAUUCGGAAAGAUGACAAAAACAAGAGUUUUUUGGGGAAAAUCUGGGCUCAGUGAGCGUGGUUAGUUUGCUAGUUAAUUUUUGCUAGUAGUUUUAAAUGAUCCCUGUUUUUGUUGUUUAUCCAUUCGAUUUUUUUUAACAUACUGUGAUCAUUCAUUAGUAUGAUAUGGCUUUAUUCUUUCAUCCUUCCUCAUUCUUCCUCUUUUUCAUUAUUUCCUGUGUUCUUAUUAAUGUUUUGUUCUUCUCCCUUUCCUAAUUUAAAAUUCUUCUUAAUAUUCUUAUUGCUCUUUGGAAAGCUGCUCUUCUCGUGUAAAGUUUAGGUCGGUAGGCUGCCAUGAGUUAUGUGACCACAGUAAUCUUUCAGAAACGACCUUCAUGUAUCUCCAUUUGAGAGAGCAGUUAAAGGAUUAAAUAGUAUAUAUCUUAGAACACGAGGCAGCCAAUUCCAAGAUACGUUUAGUGCCGCAGUGACCAUGUAUGAAAAUUUAUCACCAACCAUUUCCUAUAUAAUUUGUAAUAGAGACCAGAGAUGUUUGUGGUCAGUCCAACAAUAUAAAGAACACAGAUGUUCGUAGCCAAAUCAGCACUAUAGAGAACCCAGGCAUUCGUGGCCAAAUCAACAAUAGAGAGAACAUAGGCGUUCGUAGCCUAGCUAUCAAUAUAUGGAAUACAGGCGUUCGUGGUCUGGGGUCAGAUUCACGAAGCAGUUACGCAAGCACUUACGAACCUGUACAUCUUUUCUCAAUCUUUGGCGGCU